AUGUCGCUGAAACUCAGUUCAAUCACCAAUGCCAUCACUGCUCAACCCGGCACCGACGCCAAGCUCAAUCCGUUCAACACAGAUUGGAGUACUAAAUAUUUCGAGUCGUGCAGUCCAAUUAAAGAUGGCAUUAUAUAUUGCAUCUGUGGAUGCUGCUGUGCGGGUCUGUUGCAUGGGCGCGCUGGUGAGCAUUUUUGUUCCUGCCUAUUUCCCGGUGCAACGCUAGCACUGCGAACAAAGAUCCGUAUGGCCUAUUGCAUUCGAGGCUCACUCAUCGAAGAUUGUUUGGCAACAUGUUGCAGUCCCUGUUUAUUACUUCAAAUGAAAAAAGAACUCGAUCAUCAUAAUGUUCCAGAUCCCUCUGCCAACUAA